UUGGCUGUCAAUCAUACGAUACAUUGGCUGUCAAUCUACUGUGACCACGCCCUCAUGUCCGCUAUGACCACACCCUCACCUCCAAGAUGAAGUCGGCAGCACAGAAAGACGGCCAGUAGAAACUAACUAACUAAACUUAACUCAUAUUUAUCUCAAGAAGUCUUGUAGCCUAAAAUAACUUGAAUAUGGCCGAAGAAGUGUUAAUUCUUAGUCCAGGCAAAAUAACAUCGCAUCUUACCUCAUCUCUGCUGGCAGUGGCUUUCCUCACCUCCUUUGGUAGCUCAAUGCUGUAUGGGUACAACUUAGCUGUAGUCAACUCUCCUGCUGGGUACAUUAAAGACUUCUAUAACCGCACAGUGGUAAGUCGCAAUGGAACUGGAUUAAACGAGGAGGCCCUGACGCUCAUGUAUUCACUCACCGUUUCUGUGUUUGCGAUUGGAGGCCUGAUCGGCUCUUUGAUGGUGGGCACUCUGGUCACCAGAUUUGGAAGGAAAGGAACACUGGUCAACUCCACUGUACUGGUGUUCUUGGCAGGAUCACUCAUGGGGUUCAGCAGGAUCUGCGCUUCACCCGAAAUGGUCAUCUUUGGUCGUUUUAUAACAGGAAUACAUUCAGGUAUCUCUCUCAGCGUGGUGCCAAUGUACCUGGGAGAGAUCGCUCCUAAAAAUCUGAGAGGCUUCCUGGGGCUCAUGCCUAGCAUUUUCAUUUGUGCUGGGGUUUUCUUAGCUCAAGUCUUGGGCCUGCAUGAACUUUUAGGAAAGGAAGAGCACUGGCCCCUGUUUCUCUCUCUUGUGGUUGUCCCCACCUUUAUCCAGCUGAUGCUCUUACCGUGGUUUCCAGAAAGCCCACGCUACCUGUUGAUUGAGAAGCACAAUGUUCAUGCCACUAUCACCGCCUUGAAAUGGUACAGAGCCAAAUGUAACAUCCAGGCAGAGAUCGAGGAGAUGCAGGAGGAGCAACGCUCUCUGUCCUCAGUGGAGACCGUGUCUGUCUGGCAGCUGAUACUGGAUCACACUGUUCGCUGGCAGGUCCUGUCGGUGGUGGUCAUCAACAUCGGUAUGCAGCUGUCUGGCAUCGAUGCGAUCUGGUUUUACACCAACGACAUCUUUGAGAACGCCGGAAUCCCGACCCCUGAGAUCCAGUACACGACCGUAGGAACUGGAGCUAUAGAGAUCAUUGCAGGCCUCAUAGGGUGUUUCACCAUUGAGCGUCUCGGGCGAAGGCCAUUGAUAAUUGGAGGCUUUGGUGUUAUGGGAAUGUGUUGUGCUGGGAUAACACUGUCCCUCAUUCUUCAAAUACAUGUGCCUUUUAUGAAAUACGUGAGUGUGGGGUGUGUGGUUGGGAUCAUUGCUGGGUUCUGCAUCGGGCCGGCGGGUGUUCCAUUCCUGAUCACAGCUGAGCUUUUCAAGCAAUCCCAUCGUCCUGCCGCAUACACCGUGGGAGGAUCUCUUAACUGGGUGUCGAACUUCACCAUCGGCUUUAUCUUUCCGUUCCUUCAGAUGUCUGCUGGGUCCUACUGCUAUCUGGUGUUCUGUGCCAUAUGUGUAUCAGUGGCCAUCUACGUCUACUUUGUUAUUCCGGAAACUAAAAAUAAGACGUUUGUAGAGAUUAGUCAGAUGUUUGCUACAAAAGAGGCUGUGGAAGAGAGCCAGGCCCUCACUCACCCGGACCAGCUCAAACUGAAAAAGAUGAACGGAUACGGCUCACUUGAAAAUGGUUCACUUGAAUUCGACAGUUCUUCUUCCUGUCCUUAAACUCAGAAGAAAAGCAAAAAAUGCAUUUGAGGUUUAGGAAUUAGAUCAUUUAUCAGCCAUGCAUUAAGAAAGGCGCAGUUAAGUGAAUCUUUUGUGCGCAGUGGGCUCAGACUAACAGAAGGUCUGUUUCUUACUUAGUUUUGUGAAGCUACUUAAACACCUACAGCUUUGUGUUACUUUGUAUGCAAGAAUAGUGCCAUAUACAUCUUACCACAUGUAUAUUGUUACUGAGAAAUCACAAACUAUGUUUUUUCACCAUUUGUCAUGUUUGUGUUAUGAAAGAAAUUCCUUCAUGUAUAUAGGCCUUAUACAUAUUUUUAUCAUUGUGAGAGUAUAUAUAUAUAUAUACAUAUAUACAUUUAUUAGUUGCACAUUAUUGUGAGUGUUAAAUGGCAUUGGAUCAUUUAGUAACGCUCAGGUGCUAACUUACCACUUUAUCAGAAACUUUAAAAUGGGCUGAGAUCAAACUUAUUUUAAAAAUUCCUUUUCUUUUUCAGACAUCACUGUUUUAUAUAUUUCGAACACUGCUACAGCUGUAAAUAUUUAUUAGUAUAUAUACACUACCAUUUAAAAGUUUAAGGUGUUGUUGUUGUUUUUUUGUAAGAAUAUGUUUAUUCUGCAAGAAUGCAUUAAAGACUUAGGAAGUUACAAAAGAUUUAUAUUUAAAAUACUGUUCGUUUUAAUGUUUUAUUAAUCAAAGAAUGUUGAAAAAUACAAAUACUGAGACGUUUUCAACAUUUAUAAUAAUAAUGUUACUUGAGGGCCAAAUCAAAAAUGAAAAUUCUGCUCUGCCAUCACAGAAAAAAAAUAUAUAUACAUACUUGUAUUUCUGAUUUUAUAAUAUUUUAAAUCAAAUAAAUGCAGCCUUGGGAGCAUUAAAGACUUCUUUCAAAACAAUUUCAAGGUCUUACCAGCCCAAAACAUUUGAAUGGUAGAGUAUUAAGGUAUAGGUUUUAUUCAUACAUAGUAUUAUACUGUAUAUUAUCUAAAUAUUAUAUGAUAUCUGAGUUUCAGUCUAAUUUAUAUGAAUAUUUAUAACUGUAUUUGACCUCACAUGUACUAAA